CCCCUUUUAUUUCCACUGAACUUGGAAGAUGGAGAUAACAGGCAUAUUAUUUGAAUAAACUUAAUUCAUUUUUGUUCUGUGUAUUUACAGAUGGGGCGUGAGUGGGUUUGGUUGGAUUCUGAACAAGACUAUCCCAAUGACUCUGAGUUGAGCAACGACUGCAGGUCCCUCUUCAGCUCAUGGGACUCCAGUCUGGAUCUUGAUGUGGGCAGCUGGAGGGAAACUGAAGAUCCAGAGGCUGAGGAAUUAGAGGAAAGCAGCCCAGGGAGAGAAACUAGUGAGCUGCUUGUGGGGGAUGGAGGCAGUGAGGAAUCUCAGGAAGAGGCAGAGCAAGUCAGCCGCCAGAACCUCCUCCACUUUCUUUCUGAGGUAGCUUAUUUAAUGGAGCCAUUGUGCAUUAGCAGCAAAGAAUCAAGUGAAGCCUGCUACCCUCCAUCUGGUACCAAGCAACAAGAGGGAAGAGAAAUUGAAGCCACUGAAGAAGGUGAUCCCUGCAAAGAAACUGAAGAGACUUUAGCCAACAUAGAACCCUUAGUAGCUGAAAAAAAGCUACAGGGAGAAAAUGGAAAGCCAGAGGUGGUUCCUUUUCCCUCAGAUAUUAGUGAGGUUCAGGGACUGCCAACAGAGAGUGAAGAGGGUGAGGUUCAGCAAGAAUCCAAAGAGGAGGACCAAGGUGAAGAGUAUGCUUCAGAAAUGGAAGACCAACCCCCUUCAGGAGAUUGUGAUGAUGGCUUCAGCAUUCAGGAAACUCCCCUUGUGGAUAUUCUUCUCAAUCAUGCAAACUCCUCCAAACUGACUGAUCUAAGUCAAGGUGACCCUGUUCAGGAUCAUUUGCUAUUUAAAAAAACUCUUUUGCCAGUCUGGAAGAUGAUUGCCAGUCACAGACCCAUGGACUUAACUAGCCUGAAGAGGAAUCUGUCUAAGGGACGGAUUCGUACCAUGGCCCAGUUCCAGCGGGAUCUAAUGCUGAUGUUCCAAAAUGCUGUGAUGUACAAUGAUUCUGAUCAUCAUGUAUACCAUAUGGCUGUGGAGAUGCAGCGUGAAGUCUUGGAACAAAUUCAGGUGCUGAGUAUUUGGUUAGACAAAAGAAGAGACUUAAAUAAUCUGGAAUGAGUACCAGUCUACCCAAUGGAUGAUGGAAAUCUGUUUUGUUAACCUGGAACUGCUACCCUGAUCCUUUCUGGAGUUUGGACCUCUCCUUGAGACUCUGACCACAGUUCUCAAGGCUUGUUUACCACUUCUCUGUUGUCUUUUCUAAUAAGAGUAAUGCCUUUAUCUAACAACAAUGGCAUCAAAGCUGUCUGUGGAUCCAAUAUUUUUUAAAAGGUGGUUGGGGGUGAGAUUUGAGUUUAUGCCAUA